UCAGCAUGGCUUUUUGGAGCAACAGAAGUUGGCUACUGGGCAGUCUCCUCUACAUUUAAGAAAAAUAUCAUAACAACUCCUCUACUUUGGCGGAAACAGGCUGUAAACCUGCGCGAGGAAACAUUUAUUGGUGAAGUAUCUUCCAUUACCUUUUAAAAACGUUACCUGGCAACCAAGCGAUAGAGCUCCUGAUGGUACAGCGUGGUUGAGGAGGGCCGACAUACUUCACCUGUUUUAAAAACAAGUAACAGCAAACAUUUCAUCGAAAGUGGCCACAAUGUCAAAGGUGAAAGCAAAGAAAAGACACUCUUCUUCCUCUAAAUCACACAAUCCUAAGCCUACAAAGGAAAAUAAUGCAGUCAAAAGGAAAAAGAAGUAUUGGAAAAAAAUGCCGUUUAAAAAGAAGAUGCUUCCACUCGAGGAUAAGGAAAAAGGCCAAAAGAUAUCACCUCCAACAGAUGCUCUACAGUUCUCUGCCAACUGGAAGGCAUUGCAAGAGAUAAUAAAAGCAAAUCCGCCUGAGAAGAAGCAGCCGGAGACAACGAAACAUCAGAAUGGUGUGCUGCAGAAAGUGGAGGAUAAAAACAAAUCUUCUAAAAGUGUUUCUAAGAACAAUGCUUCUCACAAUCAGACAGGUCCUGGAAAACCAAUCAAGCACAAAAUUAUUAGCAGCAAUUUUGUCUCAAAAGACAAGGAAAAGGUGAGUGUGAAAGCUCCAACUGUCUCAGAGAUGAGACAGUCUGCUGCUCCAAAAAGGAAAAAGGACAGUGCAAAUAAAUCAAGCAGUGAGCAAGCAGCCAAGAAAAAGAAAUCUGUUGUGGAAGAGACCAAACCUACAGAAGAGGACAUCUGGUUUGAUGAUGUGGACCCUGAUGACAUUGAGGCAACAGUGGGACCAGAGGCAGCAGAGAUCAUGAGGAGAAAGCAGGGCAUUCGAAAAAAUGAGGACACAGAGAGCACCCUGGUUAAGGAGAGGGCUUUUGAAGGCCUCACCAGAGCUGUUGCCAUCGAUUGUGAGAUGGUGGGAGUCGGUCCUGAUGGGGAGGACAGCAUCUUGGCACGCGUGUCGCUCGUGAACCAGUUUGGGAAAUGCAUCUAUGACAAAUAUGUGAAACCGACAGAGAACGUGACAGAUUACAGGACAGCUGUCAGCGGCAUCCGACCAGACGACAUUAAAGAUGGAGAGGAUGUGAAGACUGUGCAGAGGGAGGUUGCUGAGAUCUUGAGAGGAAGAAUAGUGGUUGGACACGCUAUACACAAUGACUUAAAGAUUUUACUCUUGGAUCACCCAAAAAAGAAAAUCCGGGACACUCAGAAGUAUAAACCCUUUAAGAAGGCAGUCAAGAGUGGUCGACCUUCACUCAAAGUCCUCUGUAGAGAAAUACUCAAUGUCAAGGUCCAGCAGGGUGAACAUUCAUCCGUCCAAGAUGCGCAGGCCACCAUGAGGCUGUACACAAUGGUGAAAAAACACUGGGAAGCAGAGAUUAAAGCCAGUCACAAAGACAGAGACUCACAUAAGAAAAUUGAGAGAAAACCCAAGUCUCCUAAGAACAGGAACAACACUUUCAUGGGAUUAUGAAUUCAAAACUAAUCUGUAAGUGGACAGAUCAUCUCUGAUCUCAGCCGACUUGAUGUAAAUGAUCAGAGGUUUCCGUUUGUUUUCAGAAGAGAAAAAAAGCAGAUGUUGAACAAUUAUGACAGGAUAAAAGUACGACAUUCAUGAGCUUACGUAAGAUCUAUCACAACAGUUCCACGAAGUGAGGAAAAAGAAGCCACGAAGAAUACCAAUGAAAAUGAAUCAUUUCUUUUUAAAAAUGUGCAUAUAGUGUGUGAUGACAGGGAUUUCAUCAGUCUGAACCCCUCAGACAGGGCAUUCAAGGAUGUGAAAGACUUGAUUGUUUUUGCUGAUUUACGUAAAAAGCCAAGAGUGUUCUGCCUGAGCAUCUCAGGGUGUGACUCAGACAGGGAUUAAAACAUCUGAGAGAGCAUGGAAGCUGCAUUUACACUGAUCCUUUCAGCUAUUUCCUCCUUAGAUAUUUCCAGACAUCAUUUCCCCACGCUGUUACUCCCAGCAUCAGAGGCAGGUGUUCAAAUGCAAUUUCCUCUAUGGAUAUGGACCCACAGUGCCCCCGAGAAAUCAAAAUAAUUUCUCCAGGCAUCGCAUCAGCAUAAUAUUUUUGCGUUAUGUUUCCAUUGUUUUUAUCAUUUCUCUGUUUUGAACUUUGGCCUCUAACGAGUUGGUUUGUUACAGUUUGAUUCAUGGUUGCCUUAAAAGUUGUAUGUUGGGAAGUACAGGAUAAAUAAAACAUGAGAGAAACUCUUUAUAUAGAGCUACAGCAUAUUGCAUUACUUGUUCAUGAGUCACCUC